AUUAUGUGCUGUGUGUUGACGUAAGCAUUUUUCGUGUUUGUAUGUGGACUGGGAGUGGGGCAAAGGAACUGCUGCCGUGUCGCCAAACAAAAUGGAUUGAAAAUUAAGAGCUGAGCCCGGUUUGAUGCAGCCGUCUAUGAUGACGUUUAUGGAGGGGGUGGGUGACGAGGUGAUCAUCGCUGGGGGAGUGGUACUGCUCGGCCUAGCUCUGGUACUGGCCUGGAUCUCUACCUACGUAGCCGAUCGCGGAGACCAGAUCCUGGGGACCAUUGUGAGUACAGGAGCCCACUCCACUCUGGUGGGGCUGGGGGGCCGAGAGAGAUACACGGGGGGCUCCUCCAGUUCCGACCCAACUGAGCCCCAGCCCAUCCUGCAGAGUGCAGAGGACAAGCCAGAGGAGGAGGGGGAUUCAGAGACUGGGUCAGAGCAGAUCCCCAACGAGGAGGCGUCUGAGCCCAGCGUUGACCAGCUGCUGAACAUCCAGGGGCUGCGCAAAAGGAGCGCCUCCGCCAGCGAGCCCAGUCUGGUGGGAGAGCAACCCGAGGAGACCAGCACCAACACCAGCUCCAGCGUGGACAGCAGCCUCUCCCGGGACAGGCAGAUCAGAGUGAGGCUCAAGUUCCUGAACGACACGGAGGAGCUUGCCUUAGUAAAGCCUGACGACACCAUCGGGUUUCUGAAGCGCAAGUAUUUCUCAGGACAAGAGCAGCAGAUCAAGUUCAUUUACCAGGGACAGCUCCUGCAGGAUCAAGCACGGACCCUGCUGUCCCUCAACAUCACCGAUAACUGUGUGAUUCACUGUCACAUCUCCCAGCCCCACCGUGAGCCAGCCCCUGAGCCCAGCACGGCCGUGGAGCACAGCGGCGUGACCCUCAAUGUCGGCAGCCUCAUGAUCCCCAUGUUCGUGGUCAUGCUCGCCGUGGUCUGGUAUUUCCGCAUCAACUACCGGCAGUUCUUCACCGCACCGGCCACUGUCUCAUUAGUGGGAGUCACUGUUUUCUUCAGCUUUCUCGUCUUUGGGAUGUACGGACGAUAAAAAAAAAAAAACACCAACUAAACUGAGCCGGGAGUUGGUUUGGGGGGGGGGGGGGGGUUACGUCUUUUUAUUGGCUUUAAAGCUCUCCCGUUAAUGGCACUAUAUAUGACUGGCCCAUGAAGGUCCGCUUUCAUGUUUUGUUGGUUAACUCUGUGGCUCUCCGUUACUGUUGGACCGCUCAUGCAGGAGUUCUCUUUGAAGAACGUAGUGGAUAACGAGGGCAGGGGGGGGUAGAAAGAGAUUGUUGCUGUAGCUUUGUCGAAUUAGCUGUGGCUGAAAUGAAAAGCUUGUGGGUCAGGAUGGCACACGGGCUCAAACGCUGUUCAGGAUGAGGAUUAAAGAACAGUGAACACACACACAUUUUUGUAAUAAUGAGCCCAGGUUGCAUGUGAAUACCAGCUGAGGUCUUGGUAAAACACAAAAUGGCUUAAACUGCUAGUGGUAAUUGUUUUUCUCCCUCAACCCUAAGAAUAGUGCUGUGGAGGGCUUCAUGUAGUGUCUACAAUACCACCCUGGAAAUGAUCAUUCAAGCAGGUUUGUUUCCCCUGUCGGCAAAUCGCAUGCAAACUGCCGCCACCAUAAUAAUUGUAAUGCACAGGCAAUUUUAAAAUGUGAAAAUGUUGAAAAUUGGGCUGGAGAGCAUCUAGUUGUGGGUUCAAGCAGUUACAUUGGAAUUUGGAAACACAGGUUCUAUUUUGGGUUUAUUUAAAUUAGUUCUAAAUUUUGUUAAUCACUUAAAUCAGACCAAGUUUCAGUGCAUAUAAGAACACUGUCAAUGCUAAAAAUGGUAACUUAACUUAGUUGCUUAAAUACAAAACCUAAAAAAAAAAAAAUAUAUAUUGUGUUCACAAUAACAGCAUGGAUUAAUAAGCUACAAGGACCGUUGGGGGGUUGAGUGUGUGCAUUGACCUACCUUUUUAAAUUCUUCAAAAUGAAAUGUGUUGAACCUUUUUUUAGAAGGUGGGGAAAAAGGAAAACAAUAUUGCUUUUGAGAUGUACUAUGUGGUAACUGCCACGGGCUGGUGUGAUGUAUGGGUUGUAAACAUUUGUGACACAUUUAAUAAGCUACAGAAUACUGCAAGAUGGGUUUUACCAUUAGAAACGGCAGCAAGGGCAGACCUGCAUCGCAGAGAGUCAUUCUUGCAAUGGGAACUUUUCAGCAUCACCCAGUUCAGCGCUGCUUUGUGGCUCAAGGAGUUUUGGUAUAUUCAGUAUCAAGGUUAAAAUGUAAUACUUGUAUGUUGUUUUUCUUCUAAAUAAUUUGGAUUUUAGUGGGCCCUGCAGAAGCAACUAACAGUUUCGUUAAAAGUUGUGUUUUAAGCUUUCUGUUAUAAAACUAUAUAAUCGCAACUAAAAGAAAUGUAUAAAAUUUAAUGAGAAACAUUUCAACUGAAGACAGUGAGAAAGACUUGCAGUCAAAAUGUUUCGUAUAAUAUUACUGCUUUGUACUGUGCCACUUUUGGUGUUUUGUAUGACUAUUGUAUAUUCUUGGACUUCUGCAUCGUUUUCUACAGGUUAAAAACUUUGGAUGCUCAUAGAAUAUAGGAAUAUAGGGAAACCAAAUUCUAUUGGAUCAUACUUUGGGAACAGAUACAGCCCUUACUUGAGGGAAACCAGGUAAAGCCCUAAAAUCAGAGCCCAUAUUAAUGGACGUUUGGAAUAUAGGUAGCCAGUCUUGCACCUUUACUGUUUAUAUUCCUGAAUGCUGAUUUUAGAGACAGAGGUCUAGCUUAAAAGACUAAGCUGCUUCAUCCCUGCACCUAAUUACUUCUUGUGCUCAGGAUCACACCAGCUCACAAAGCCCUGAUUACAGCAGCCCUUCCAAACAAGCAAAGCGUGCAACCUCAUCUGUUCAGGAUGUACAUUUCUAUUUAAACCACCUGUGUAAAUGGCUGGUUGCCACUAUCCUGUUGUGGACUUGAUUUAAAGUAGUCAUCUUUGUUUUUCUUUGGAUUCUUUUAAAUUUGAUAGUGAUUUUUGCAUGCAGUAUUCAAGUACUGUGGUUUACAAUGCAUCACUAUAAAUGAUGAAACUUUGUGAAAAACCAAUGCAAGAUCUCCAGAAGUUUUAGUUAAUUGUUCAGUAAAUACUGUACGAUACUGUACCUUUUAGGAUUUUUCAUUUUCUGUUUAAAAGUUUUAAACCUUGCAGCUGAGUCUAAAGCUGGAUGGUGUGAGCAGUCUGGAGUAGGAGACACACAGGCUUGCUGUCUUAUUUAAAACUGGGGCAGGUUCGCAGGCUUACUUUGCUGGACGCCUUGUCAGGGAAUUUGUUUCUUUGUAGUUUUUAUAGAAUGUAUUGCUUUGCAUAGUCAUGCUACCUAUUGCUUUAAAUGCACCCAAAUCCAUUAUACAUAGCUUUAAUUUGCCUGCAACCUUUUGUUUUAUUAUUAUUUGAAGUACUGCUUCUACAGAAAUAUUUUAGUAGUCGUGCAAUCAGGACCACUGUAUAGAUUCUAUCUUCAUUUUUAUUCUUAGUUUACACAAGAGCUUGAACUGCAGCAUUUAUUUUCUGCUGAGGCCACCAUAGAUGAACAAAGGUUUAUCUGUUGCAUGAGAGCUGCUUAUCGAGUUGUGAUAAAAAAAAAAAAAAAAAAAAAAAAAAAGUGAAACUCAGCUGGAAUUCAGCAACUCCAGCUGUCUGGCUGCAUAAAACCUCAGAGAACCACUUUACAGAAGCCCUCUUCAAUAAGGACUGUGCUCACCCAGCACCUGUUCCCCCUCUGCCCCCAGCUUCAUCCACAAAGAAACAUGACAAGGUCAGAGGUGGGGUUACGGACAAAGAUCUUGCCCUCAUUGCUACUGUAUUUUGGCAGCAGGAAAGCAGCUUCAUGUACCCGGUUGAUGAAUCAAAAACAGAGGUGUACCACAGUGUUCAGUGCUGGGUUGAACUCCUGCUUUGCUCAAUUCACAAACUGACUGUUUUCAGAGGAAGUGGCUGACAGCCGAUAGCCUGAAACACUAGGCAGCCCUAGCACAGGGUGAGGAUUAGUGUGCAUUGUGUGUGUUUGGUGGGAAGCAAGUCCACACUAUGCCUGCCUGCAGCCAACCCCUUCUCUGUCUGGAGCACUAAAGCACAGAGGAGCCACAAGGAUUUUAAAAGCAUUUUAUUUAUUUUUUUCACUUUACCCUUUGCCUUUUUUAUGAUGGCAAAUAUGCUGGCCAGUUAUGUACUCUAAUGUUGAGUUCUCAUUUUCCCUGCAUCUGUGAGCUUGUCUGUAAAAUUAUAACUGCCUGGGCUGGACAGACUACAUCCCUACUCAUCCACUAUGUAGAUUAGGUGCGCUGGCAAGGUUGAAUGGUCAUAAUCACUUGUGAAUUAAAAAUGCUAAUGCAGGUAGGAGUCUCCAGACAAGUUCAAAGCCUGCUGAAAACUAAAUACUUUGAGCAUCAAAACCUAGAACCACUCCCUAUAACUGCAAACAUCAUAAAAAGACAAGAGAAAGGUGGACCAAAUAAAUAAAAUGACAUGGACUGCUACCUGCUUUAGGUUAAGGGGAAAAGUUAAUUUCAUUUUAUGUAAUAAAACAAACAGUCAGUUCAGUUCACAAUGCACCUUUUUAGAAACCCCAAAGUGUGCCAACUCACCUCUGCAAACAAAAAUGAUUGAUCCUAAUGAUAUUAAGAUGUAUUCAGUAGCAAUGCCUGCAACAGCUCAGUAUAAAAGGUAUCUUGCCACCUUGCUUCUCACGCCUCUUUGCAGUUCCUUGGUUAUUCUAAACUUGACGGAUUGUUUUCUGUUGUAACUGGGAAGAAAACGAGUCAGGCUGGCUGCUGGAAUGUCAAACAGGCAAGAAAGACGACAACAGCAUCAUUAGAAAUAUUCGAAUAAAGAAUCACUCCACAAAGCUCUGGAAGGAAGUGUCAUAUUUCUCUAGAAAUGGUUCGACCAAGCAGUAGAAGGAAAAAAAAAAGCAUAAAUAAAUAUUGGCUACUGCUUGCCCAUUCCUGUACAAAGGUAGAGAGACUUUUGUAUUUGUUACAGAAGGCAAUUGCUUACUUAGGGUUCUGUGUUUUGUUGGGUUAUUUUAUAGUUCUAGGAGCAACCCAGUCUCUGAUGGAUCAAGGCGAAAGAAAAUACCAUUUCACUUGUAUGUCAGUCAUAGUACUUUGUCCAAGACUGGUCAAGCCUAUGUAACCAUACUAAAUUUGUAAAUGUAUGCAUAUGAUAUAAUCAUAUAGCAUGUGACCGUUGUUUUGACAGAUAAAAAAUGCAUUGACAUUUGGUGUUUAUUUUGAUAUUCAAAAAUGGCGUGAGGAAUAAUAAUAAAAAAAACAACUGGUUUACUAUUUUGUAACAGGCAUUCAGUUAUUUGAAUUUUCCUGUGACAUAGUAAUGUACUGCUUGAUCUUGGAUUGUCUGAUCCUUGCAUUGAAUGUUUAGCACACCGAUUCUUAGUGCUGGGAUUCAAGGCAUCUCUAAAAUGACACUUGCCAUCCUUUUCUAUGUUUAAAUGCACUGAGAAUCGAUUACCCUUUUGAUUUGUUGCAUCUGAAUACAAAACUCAAACCCAGUAGCAAUACAGGACUCCUUGCAUUCUCUAUGCACCCUGUAGUCAUUAAAUAACAUACUAAAAUAUCCACACAUUAUGCAAUUAGGGUUACAUUGAAAUUUGUAUAGAACUAUUUUCGUAACCUCACUAUGUGAAAGAGUAUUUGAUUUCCAGUUAUUGUUUUUAUAAUUCUGUCCAGUGGACAAUAUGCCCUUCACAGAGUGUAAUCAUUAAUGCUUGUCUGCAACUCUGUUCUGUAAAACUGUAUUUGACACUGGCUCACACACACAGUUUUUGAAAGAAACACAUUAUAGUAAACAAUGAUUUUAUUAUAAACUGUAUCUGGUAUUACUCUAGGUUAAAUACAACUGUUUGUAAACAGUGUUUUCAGAUUGUGAUGAAUGCCCUUUCACUGAAUCAACCAGUUGUUCCCCAUUGACGUACAUGCUUUCUCAGCAGAAAUGACUGUAAACCUGGUUUGCUCACCGUUCCUUCAUUUCAUACAAAAGUAAAUAAACCAAUACAAUACUAA